ACCGUCAAACACAGCCGUAUAACUGAAGAGUUCAUCGCAGCCCUUGCUGGAGUCAUUGCUGGAGAAAAGGAUUAAGAGCGUUAGAAGAUACUCCCUGUAAAAAUGUUGACAAAAAUUGUCGGCAAAAGUAGGGAAGCCCGUGAAUGACUCUGCAGUAUCUUCUAGCUUUGGCUUCAGCUAUAUUGUUCACUCUCAAGUAUAAGACCUGUUUUGCUAAACAAUGUAUUGAAUCAUUUCCAACUAUAAAAGGAGUGAAACAAUGCCCGAUGACAGAAGAAGCAUGGCUGCAUGCUGCCAAAAGGAAAAGGUGUGAUGCACUAGCAAAUAUACAAACAUGUGUCCCUGAGCCGGACAGAUUCGUGUACCAUUGUUUGGUAAAUCAGUGGGGUAAUGGGACGGUUGAAGUGUGCGCUCCAAUAUGGAUUCUUACAGGAUAUUGUGGGUACUAUGACACUGUUAUUGGGAAAAUCGUCAACGAUGUUCAGAAGGACUGUACAACUGAUGUUAAUUCCUGUCCGCUUAGGUACAAUUCCUCGGAGUCUUUCAAAUACCCCAGAUGCUAUGACGUUAAGAAGAGUAAAGAAAACACACUAGGGGAUUGUAAAAGCUCAACGGAAUCGCAGAAUGAGUGGAUGAUAAUAGCGAUUAUUCUUGCUAUAUGUUCCUGUAUAAUAAUUGCUGUUAUAUGCUGGUGGUCAAGACGAACAACAGGAAAAUUUGAAUUGAGAAAUCAUCAAAGAGGCCAAAAUUCACACGGACAAGCUCAGGUUAAUGGGGAAGAGGCUUUACCUUUGAAUAAUGAAACUUCAGAUGCUUGUGGAGCUGUUUCAACCAAGGAGGACGCACUCGACGAAAAACGGACAAGUGGCAAUAUAACAUCAAUUGAAGUCUAUGGCAGAGAAUUUGUAUACCAAGCAACACCAUCGAUCCAUGUUUAUAGCAGUGGAAGUUCAAAUUAUAUAAACUCAGACCUUCUUGACACAGCUACUUCAGAUGGAAUGGAGACGGAUAAGGGAGAAAAUGCACUUUCAGAAAGCUAUCCUAGGAUGCCAGAUACCUUCAGUACCAAAAAGAGACGAAGAAGAAGGAAGAAAAAUAAACAUCAUAUAGACGAUUUUCGUGUGAAAGGAAAAGGGGGUAAACAAUAAGGACAUACUUUAAUCCGAGAGAAGGAGGGCAAGGGCACUGAUAUCCAUCAGAGUCGGUGUUUUCAUCAAUUACUCGACUAGGCUGCUCACAUUUAGGCAUGAGAAGUGUUGAUGGCUGAUGGUUCUGCGGAGGAUAUCU